AUGGCCACUCGAGCACUACAAGGACACCUGCAGACCUCACUCAAGCCUCCACCUGCUACCACCCACUCAACAGCGACUGGCAUCCAUAAACCGUGUCUGAACGCGAUGACCUCAUCUGGCUCGCUCGGCGGCUGCACCGAGAUCGGUAUUCGAUCUUAUUGGAACUUGUCUCGUACCGUGUGCGGCGAGUUGAAGGUAGGCUGGAUGCAGGGGAACACACGUGUGAACGAUUCUCACAAGGGGAGUCUCACGAGGGAUGAAGCAUGGCUGCACGUGGCAAAACGGAAUGGAAGAGAUGAGCUCGCACGAUUGGGUCGACGGGCAGUGAGAUGGAUCGGGAAAGCAGGAUGCUGGGUUAAUAAGGGAGACGGCAAACUGCGUGAACUGGGACAGAACAAAAGCGUGCCGAUUAGCGUGUGCAGGAAGGUCUAA